AUGUCGCUCUGUGCUUCCUGCUUGGAAGUGGGCUCUUUCAGCCAAGCCAAGGCUACGGGUCAGUUGACCAAGCUGGGCAAGUUCGACGCUUACAUCACGGGAGACGAAAGGAGCGACAAGGCGGUCAUCAUCGUUCCCGACGGUGAGUCGUGGGUGCGCGGGCGUCUAUUGGGGCGCCUGCACGGUUCUUGCUGAUCGCAAGUAUGCGCAUACAUGCCCUCUCAAACGCCUUUUACCAGUCUGGGGUUACUCCUUCAACAACGUUCAUGUAGUCGCGGACAAGUUUGCCAGCCACAUUGGUGCCAGGUGAGCUGGUGACAUGAGCGCAGGUCGACACUUUGCAUCAUCCGCUCACCUUGCCACGCUGCUCCUCUAGGGUCUACAUUCCCGAUUUCCACAACAACGAAGAUUUCAACAAGCAGAGACUUGCAUCGCCCGACCCUGCCACGUUCAAGCCCGUAGCUGCCGAAUUCAUCGCCAAGUACCACCCGAGAGAUGCGGCGUGGCCGUCGGUCAGAGAGGCGGUGGAGGAGAUCAGAAAGGUGCAAAAGCCAAAGAAGGUCGGAGCUGUGGGCUACUGCGUGAGUCAUGCUGAUCGACGCGUGGCGGAGUGGACUGAGAGUGUGCUGGACGGGAUGUUAAAUGCUGACUGAUGCGAUCGCUUCACGCCACAGUGGGGAGCCCCUUCCAUCCUUCAUCUGGGCUCAGCAGCAGCGGGAGCUUCCAAAGUAGACGCGGUCGCCUUUGCCCAUCCAUCCCUCACCGAGACGUCCGACUUUGAAGCUCUUCAAGUCCCCGGAUUGUUUGUGCUGGCGGAGCACGAUCAGAUCUUCACGCCGGAGAAGAAGGAAGCGGCUCAAGAAGCGACAAAGAAGUUUGCAAAGCAGGGCGGACCAUUGGCCACGUGGGUCUGGUACCCUGGAGUCACGCAUGGUGAGCACAAGAUGGCCCUACAUCUGACCUCGAAAUGGAGACCUGUCUGGAUUUGAGGAUUGGAUUUGCGGGCUGAUGACGAUCUCGCCUUGCUCGCCUGCCUGCAGGCUUCGCCAUUCGAGGAGACGAGAGUGACGCUUACACAGCUCAGGCUAUGGGCGCAGCUGCGAACCAAGUGGCGAGCUUCUUUAGCGCUCAGCUCUCUUGA